AUGGAUAAAAAUCGGAAAUUUCAAUGGAUUUGCCUCAUUUUCGUCAUCAGUCAACACACUGUCAUUUGCCAGAAAUUGACUGAAAAGGAGAAUUUGAUGAGGUUGAAGGAUUGUGGCAAACAGUUUCUUCCCCACCCAUCGGAAAACGAGAACGGUGUCGAAUUCAACUAUACAAAUCUAACCUCUGGCUGGCUUCUGUGGACAUCUCAAAUACUUCCAAAAGAAAAUCUUUCAUAUGACUACAUACAGUCCGCGGCGUUUCCGAUAUCCAAUAGACACGUCUUCACUUCUUCUCAAUUAGUUCUGAACAAAGACAAGAAAUGGGCGGUGGAUGGAGCAGAGUUCAAAGAGUGUAAUAACGGCCAGGCAGACCUUCCGGAUAAUGUUGCUAAAAAUUUGACAGUUUCCCUUGCAAAGAACAAAUCAAUUAAAGUUUUGAGGGGUCGAAUGUUUGACUGUAAUAGAGGUGACUUUCCCACCAUGUAUACUCCUCUGCUACUGGAAACUGAGCCACUGGAUCUCACAAGUAUUCCCUGUUUGGCGGAUGAAUCUGACAUCAAAAUUGGUGCCGAAGUUCAUGCUUAUGGAUUAGACGGAGGUGUUAUGAAGCAUCACAAUAUCACGGUCGAUGUAUACACCAAAGAUUUGACAGAAGGAACCUGGGUUUACACGAGGCCCCCUUACCGAGCUGCAAGUGAUCGCGGUGGUCCUCUUGUUAUGAAUGUGAACGGGAAAGCAACAGUGAUCGGAUUGAAAGCAUCGCCUGCCACUGAUAAUUCAAAAGGAAACUACUUCUUCAGUAUGCCAAAACUUCGAGAUGAGAUUUGUGAAUAUUCUGGAGUCUGUUUCGUGAAGAACUUCACUGAGGCCCUUGCGAAGAUAUCAACAACAGAAGCACCAGUAACGAAGGCUCCAGAAGACAGUGGAACACCUAGACGCCCGUCUCCAGAUGCCCAUGAACCAAAAGAACGGAAGAGACCAACAUAUUCGGAAGGAGUCGAGCCGGAGGAGAGUGGAUCAGAUGAGGAUGAAGAAGAUACUGACAUAUUGCUCUCUAAAGACUUCUUCACUGGAGUAACAAGACGGAAAAAUCUGAACAUUUUUAUUAUUGUCUUUGUAUUUGUAUUUUUGUAUACCACAACAUCUACAUUGCAACCUCUAUAUAAAGCGGCAUAUAAUCAUGCUAUAUUUCUGAUUCCAUUCGAUGGAAAAACGGCUGCCCGCUUGAAAUCCCGUGGACUGAGUGAGAAGACAUCUGAUGAGUUGGAAAAGAUCUACAAGGAAUAUCAAAAAGAGAAAAGCGACAAGGCGUAUUAUCGUUAUGAGGACUUAAGAAAGAAAUUGGUGCGCUCAAUGUCAGCGGCGGACAGAAAAAUAUAUCGAGGUUAUACAGGACAGGGCGAUAAUGGUAAUGGAUGGAAUUAUUGA